AGAAAACUCUCUCUGCUGGAUGGGGAAAACAUUGUGGAUGUAGCUGUAAGUUACAAUCAAGAAGGGUCAUACAACAUGCAGAUUCAAGAUAAAACAUUCCUGACUUCCGGAGAGAUCUUCAAUGAAGGUGAUUCAGUUUACUUGAGGUCUUCAGUAAAUGGAACAGUGUGUAAGUCCAAAUUGGUCAUUUUGGACAACACCAUUUAUCUAUUUUUUCCGGAAGGUAGUGCCCAGAUUGGCCUUCCUGUACCCAAGUACUUAUCUGCAGUAAGUUCAGCGGGAAUGCAAAGUGGUGCUGUAGCGCCCAUGACGGGCACAGUUGAAAAGGUGUUUGUGAAAGCAGGGGAUAAGGUUCAGAUUGGAGACCCUCUGGUGGUUAUGAUAGCUAUGAAAAUGGAGCAUACCAUAAGGGCUCCAAAGGCAGGAGUGAUAAAAAAGGUUAAUUUCCAAGAAGGUGCCCAGGCCAAUAGACACGCUCCGCUAGUUGAAUUCGUGGAUGAAGAGGCCGAGUCAAAAUAAAAUUCAAGGAUGGUGCAUUUUAUUUUUUGUACUUUGCUGAUUUUUCUCUCAGGAGAAGAUUUCUUCAUAUUUUCAGCAAACUGUUUUAUAUAAUAGAUUGGGGAAUUGGUUUCCUCUGCACUUCCUGCAUAGUUUGACUGUAAAUUAUGCUGACUUUACUGAAAUUGGUUAUCACUAUACUGUAAUCGUAUAUAUAACUCGUGGACCUACGUGACUGUUGUUCAGUGGUUAUGUGUGCCUGCGAAAGGGCAUUAGACU